AUGGUGGUGCAUAAUAAUUUCAACAAUGGCAAACCAAAAACAAUCCUCCAUUCAUGUUUGAACCAAGUUUGGAUAAUCCCCUGCCUUCUCACAUUGCUCAUUGCCAUUGCUUACACUUACACACUCCUCCUCCCAAACAUCAACAAAGUCCUACAAAUCUACAACUUCACGGUAACUUCGGAAAGCAUACGAGGCAGUCGAACCACCGAAUCCGCCGAAUGCGACGUGUUCGAUGGGCGGUGGGUGGAAGAUGACUCUAGGUACCCAAUCUACAACUCCACGAAUUGUCCUUUCGCAGAGAGAGGUUUCAGUUGCUUUGAAAAUGGGCGGAAGGACAAGGAGUAUUUGAGAUGGCAAUGGAAGCCAAAGGAGUGCGGGAUCCCGAGGUUCAACGCUGAAAAAGCGCUCGAGAUGUUGCGGGGGAAGCGAGUGGUGUUCGUCGGGGACUCGCUGAGCCGAACACAAUGGGAAUCGUGGAUUUGUAUGUUGAUGGAAGGAGUGAAGAGAAAGGAAAGUGUAUACGAGAUCAAUGGGAGUGAAAUAACGAAGACGAUUAGGCAUUUGGGAGUGAAGUUUAAGGAUCAUAAUAUCACUGUGGAUUUCUAUAGGUCUGUGUUCUUGAUGAAGAAGAGUUAUAAGGUGCCUGCAGGUGCACCUAAGAACGUUAGGAUGACCGUUCGAUUGGAUAUGAUGGAUGAUAUUAGUGAUCAAUGGGUUGAUUCUGAUUUGUUGGUUUUUAAUACCGGUGGUUGGUGGACCCAGAAUCGCCUUUUUAAUGAGAUGUAA